UAGAUCGCAAAGAAACGUCAAUACAGCCAUCGUUUACAUGCACCGAUUCUACAUGUUCCAUUCGGUGACAAAAUUCUGCAAGUACAAGAUAGGAAUCGCUUCACUUUUUUUGGCAUCAAAGGCAGAGGAUGCGCCUAUAAAAAUGGAACAUAUUCUAAUACAGGCGCACAGGUUAUUUUACAAAAACGUUGUGAUCGACAUGAAGUCAGAGCAAUAUUUAAAAAUGACUGAUGAUCUACUCCUCUGUGAGAAUACUAUUUUGAUGACUCUCGGUUUCGACCUUACAAUUGAGCACACUCAUGCUGAGGUCGUCAAAGGGUGCUCCAUGAUACAAGCCAGCAAGGAAUUGGCCUCAGCUUGCUACCUUAUGGCAUCAAAUAGUUUGCAUUUGACGACGAUGUGUCUGCAGUACAGUCCCAAAGUUAUUGCCUGUUUCUGCAUUCACAUGGCUUCAAAGCGGCUAAAUUAUCAGAUUCCACUGAGUACAGAUGGAAGGCCAUGGUACGUGUACAUUGACAGGGGCGUCACGGAGGCGCUUCUGAACAAAUUAAGCGACGAGUUUCUUGGCAUAUUUGAUAGAUGUUCGCCAAAGCUUAAGAAUGCCGCCAAAAGGGGACAGAUCAAGUCUGAUUCACACCAGAAGAAGCAGGAUGCUGUGAGCCCCGAUAAUCAUAAUAAUAAUCCGGAAAUUGUAGUUACGCGACCAGAAAAUGAUGAGAGGAAAGUGCAAGAAGAAAGUAUUUAUCCAACGCCUCCGUCCUCACAAAAGUCGGUCUUUAGUCCCGAGGAAAGCUAUCCCAUUAAUUCUCCCAAGGAAUUUCAAAAUGGUCAUCAUAGUCAGUAUGUUUAUUGUACUCAGUACCAAGGACCGGAAGUUUCAGUGACACAGUCCAUGCCGCAGAUAUCACGACUUGAAACCGACCAGAGGCAAAUGCAACGAAAAAUUGAUUUUCCAACGCCUCCGUUCUCGCAAAAGUUGAGCUUUAGUCCAGAGGAAACCUAUCCCAGAAAUGAAUCUCAACAAUGGAACGAGUCUCAGCCGAUUAUUUCGACCCCAUCCCAAGUGCCUCUCCUACUUUCUGCUGCAUCACCCAAUCUGAUGACGCCUGUUGCCGGUUCACUAGGUAUGCAGGAAAGUUUCCUUAAGCGACGAGCCUCCGACAAUCUGAAUCCCUCUGCAAAACGUCACUGCAACUCCCCCGAUUUCACAAGGUCGGCAAAAUUGACCGAAGAAAUAUCUUCCAUUCUGAAGACUGCUGUCAUCUCGACCGAGCUCGAUAAGCCCAACACGCGGCUUCACAUAGAAAAUUUUACCGCGGAACGAACGCUCACCCACCAGGUCUUCAUGGAUCCUCCAAUUGGUAUCUUGGAUGAGCGAAGAGGAAAGCAAGAGAUUUCGAUUCCUGAAGAUGAAUCCCAAACUGUAAAAGUUGACACGUCGACGGUUCAAGGUCAAUCAUUACCGAAUACUGUUGAGGAGAUUAAAAUAAGUAAGCGCAAGAGCAAGAAAGCAAAAAAAGAGAAAAAAUCGAAAGAGGCGAAAAAGGAGAAGAAACGGAAUAAGAGGGACAGGGAAAGGAGGAGAGAGGAACGUAGAGACGAGCAGACGACAGAUAAUGGGACGUUGAAAAGUGAGGAAGAGAUCUCGACGAUAUCGCUCAAAAUUAGAAUUCCAAAGGAUAGGCUUAACUUGAACAACGACUUUCUACUUGCCCCAGAAAGCGAGUCCAAAUCGCCCCAGAACGGCAGUUUGAAAAUCAAAAUUUCUAAGAAGAGACUGAAUUACUGCGACACGUACUCGACAAUACCCGUUUAGACCUUCUAAGGG